UGUAUGUCAGUGUGUGCGGUGCAGCAGUAUUGUGAGUAGUGCCAAUGCCGGGAAGGCCUCAGGGAAUCUAGUAUAACCCACGCAGGAAGCAGCAGGGUGCAUAGUCCGGCCUGUAGGGAGUGCAGGGUGAUGAUCUAAAGGGUGAGGCUACACUACUCCGGUUAGAAUAUCGGGCAUACUCACAGCACAGUGCUGUACUCUCUAUGAAUGAUCUAAGGCAGUGACACUAGGCUGCAGUAUGCUACACACAUCACAGGGGCUGCGGAAGUGAUUGCACUGAUGGGUAGGAUUUAGCUGCAGUCCCUGGGGUAGUGAGUACACUGACAGUGCAGUGCAGGAAGUCACACUCACCACAUGGUCUGGGGUAGUGCUUACUCUAGAUGCGGAAUGUGCCAUAACGCUGCAGGCAGAAGGGAUGACACUGACAGGGACACGGUAUAACUACAGUGCCUAAGGAGGGUAUGAUACCACUGCAGAUCCUAAGGCACUGACAGUGCACUCACACUAUAUGGUUUGGCCCAGGGAGUGAAGGGUGCACUAGAAAUCAGCUGGGAGGUGACACUGAGUGCCCCCUCCCCUGUGCGAGUCUCAUAGCUGCACAGUGAUGAGCAGUACCAGGGUAUCUGUAAUACAUCAAUGCUGACAGUUAUAAGAUGUGCUGAUUCGCCAGCAUCUCUCACAACUUUUGACUACAAAAUAAAGAUUUAGAGGGAGGAGAAAGAAAAUAAGCUUCUAUCAGUUCCGCACCAGCCCCCUCCCUUCCUUAGGGAGGAGAAGGAUUCACAGAUGGAGCAAAGGAAGGAGCAGCAGAACCUUGAGUUCACAAUGGACAAUGUUGAAAAGGCUCUUCACCAAUUAUACUAUGAUCCUAAUAUUGAGAACAAGAACUUGGCACAAAAAUGGUUAAUGCAGGCACAAGUAUCUCCCCAGGCAUGGCACUUUAGUUGGCAGUUGCUGAAUGGUGGAAAGGUACCUGAAAUUCAGUACUUUGGAGCCAGUGCUCUUCACAUUAAGAUAUCUCGGUAUUGGGGGGACAUACCGGCAGAACAAUAUGAAAGCCUUAAAACACAGCUAUUUGCCCAGAUAUCUGCUUUUGCUAGUGGUUCCAAAAUUGUUUUGACAAGACUAUGUGUUGCGUUGGCUUCAUUGGCACUUAAUAUGAUGCCAGACACCUGGCCGCACGCAGUACCAGAUAUGGUUCGAGUGUUUCAGACAGCUGAUGGGCAGGCCGAUGGUGGCGCCCGCUGUUUGGCGCUUCUUGAACUCCUCACAGUUUUGCCAGAGGAAUUUCAGACCAGUCGUCUCCCACUGUAUCGCAAAGGACAAGUGCGCGGCUGUCUGUCGCAGGAAUGUGCAUGUGUCUUCCCUCUACUGCGUCAGCUACUACAGCAAAGUGACUCACCGGGCUUUGUCAAACAGAAGGUACUAAAGUGUUUCUCUAGCUGGGCACAGCUCAUGAUCCCACUGACAGAAUGUGAGGAAUUGACUCUUGCUGCUUUCUCUGCACUUCGGGACCCUGAACUUUUUGAUUCAGCCGUGGAAGCCUUGGUAAACACAAUCUCUCAACCUGAUGCCCAAAGGUAUGUGCAUACUCUGCUGAAGUUGAUUCCUCAGGCUCUUAGCCUACAAGAUCAGCUGCGUCAAGCUGUACAGAAUGGAGACAUUGAAACGUCGCAUGGGAUCUGCAGGAUUAUUAUAGCGCUGGGAGAGAAUCAUUCUCGGGCGCUUUUAGAUCAAGUAGAUCACUGGCAGAGUUUCCUUGCCCUGGUUAACAUGAUCAUGUUUUGUACGGGAAUCCCAGGUCACUACCCAGUCAAUGAAACUACAAGUUCCCUUACACUGACCUUCUGGUACACCCUGCAGGAUGAAAUUCUCUCUUUUGAGGCAGAAAAGAAAGAAGUGUAUCUUCAAGUGUAUCGUCCAGUCUACUUCCAGUUGGUCGAUGUACUUCUCCAGAAGGCUCAGUUUCCAGCUGACGAUGAAUAUGCAACAUGGUCAUCUGAUGAGAAGGAGCAAUUUCGCAUCUACAGAGUUGACAUAUCGGACACCCUGAUGUACGUAUAUGAAAUGUUGGGUGCAGAACUUCUCAGCAACUUGUAUGAUAAACUUGGACGUCUUCUCACCACGUCUGAGCACCCAACAUCAUGGCAGCACACAGAAGCUUUGCUGUAUGGUUUCCAGUCCAUUGCAGAGACCAUUGAUGUUAAUUAUUCCGAUGUUGUCCCUGGACUUAUUGGUCUCAUCCCUCGAAUCAGCAUCAACAACGUGCAGCUUGCAGAUACUGUCAUGUUUACUAUUGGAGCUCUGGCAGAGUGGCUAGCCGACCAUCCGGUUAUGAUCAGUAAAGUUCUACCCCUGGUACUUCAUGCAUUGGGAAACCCAGAGCUCUCUGUUUCCAGUGUCUCAACAUUAAAAAAGAUCUGUAGAGAAUGCAAGUACGACCUGCUGCCCUAUGCUGCCAACAUUGUAGCUGUGUCACAGGAUGUGUUAAUGAAGCAAAUACACAAGACCAGUCAGUGCAUGUGGCUGAUGCAAGCAUUGGGUUUCCUGCUGUCUGCAUUGCAAGUGGAAGAGAUUCUCACCAACCUGCACUCUCUCAUUACGCCGUACAUCCAGCAACUGGAGAAGUUAGCAGAUGAAACACCAAAUCCUUCCAACAAACUGGCUAUAAUCCACAUUCUUGGGCUUCUGUCUAACCUUUUUACCACCCUGGAUAUCAGUCACCAUGACGACGACCAUGAAGCGGUGGAGGUGAAAAAACUACCUGUAGUUCAGGGACCCAACCCGGUCGUGCUUGUCCUGCAGCAGGUUUUUCAGCUCAUCAGGAAGGUUCUCAGUACGUGGCUAAAUGACGCACAGGUAGUGGAGGCAGUAUGCGCCAUUUUUGAAAAGUCUGUUAAGACACUGCUGGAUGACUUUGCACCUAUGGUGCCGCAGCUGUGUGAAAUGUUGGGUCAGAUGUACAGUACGAUACCGCAGGCGUCUGCUAUUGAUCUCACACGGCAGAUGGUUCAUAUCUUCGCCCAUGAGCCGGCUCACUUUCCUCCAAUCAAGGCUCUCUUCUUACUCGUCACUUCCCUUACACUGAACCUGUUUCAUCAAGGACCCAGGGACCAUCCUGAUAUUGUUGAUUCAUUUAUGCAACUCCUGGCACAGACACUGAAGCGCAAGCCCUGCCUCUUCUUGUCCAGCGAGUUGGAUGUCAAAGCAGUCUUUCAUUGUGGUAUCAUCUCUUUAAAGUUCCCUGAGCCACCCACUGUAAGAGCCACCUGUGGUUUUUUCACUGAGUUUUUGCCUAGAUGUAGUGAACUUGCUCCUGUUGGACAGGUGGUCCAUGACGAUGGCAAAAUUCUUCUUCAGGCCACUCUUGAGGGCAUCGGUGGGCAGGCCUCACGUAACCACAUGGAACAUUUUGCAGACAUCCUCUUUUCUCUGAACAAGCACUGCUUCUCUUACCUGGCGGUUUGGUUGAAAGAAUUAAUGCAACAGGAUGGCUUCCCCUCCCCACGCCUGACGCAAGCGCAGAAGGAUAACUUUGCCCAGCACAUCCUGAGGGAGCGUGUGAACAAACGUCGUGUGAAAGAUAUGGUGAAGGAAUUUACUCUGCUAUGUCGCGGUUUACAUGGAACAGAAUAUACAGCGGAUUAUUAGCUAUCUACAGGGUAGGACUACAACUGGCAAGCUAACCUUUACCUCCAGAUUGCAUUGACCUGCUCAGACCCCCUAACCUCAUUCAGAUUGGUCUGUUAUCUCUCAAAGGAACUUCCUAUUUUUACCAAGAAAUUCUAAAGGCAACAACGAAAAGACAUCUGAAUAAAGCUUCCUGGUUUAAAAAUCUCCAUGUUGUGAUCCUAAAUCUACCCUUUAAUGGCUUGGUUCUGCUCUUCCUUGUGGACACUUAUAGUGACAUUAUCCAGAGGAAGCCCAAGCAAAUGUCAUGGGUGGGAAUUGGAUUAAACAAGGAAAACAAAAAGUGACUUGUUCCUAAACUGUUAUGAUUGGACUUUGAACAGAGUCAUGUUGCUUCCCCUCAAACUACAAUAUUGUUAAUACGCAUGUAUGCAGAUUUUAAUCCUUAUCCAUUUCAGGGCUGGAUCCGGACUGUUACAAAGUUUGUGAUGUUCUUGAGAUGAAGAGAUUUGGAAAUAGGUUUAUGGUGAGGAUAUGUAGAACGGUGACAGUGUUUUUUUUGUUUACUGUUUUAUGUUUAACUUAGAGGGUAUUUUCACUGAACACAUUCAGUGUAAUGAGGCAGUUAUACUUACAAUCUGCUCCAAAAGCAUUUCAGCCUGAACACACACACAAUGAUUCUCUGCAUUUUACCAACACGUAAAAGGUUGAAGAAAAAUAAACGCAUGAAGUGUCUGCUUCCAAAGGGUAAAAUCUCGCUAUAGACACAAUAUGCAUUGAAUAUUUUAAUAGUUUGUUUUGGCCUCUAUACGAGCUGUAUAAUGGUAUUUUGUGCUUCAGCACAGAAGGGCCGGAUGCAAUAAACUUUAUUUGCACAUUG